UUAUUCUCUGGAAGACAGCAGCAGGAUUACACUACCGGGAUAACCUCGCCGCCGCAACUUCCGAUUCAACAAAGAGAUGGGUUCAGCACAGUCUUCGCAGCUACUCGACGAUGAAGAAGAAGAAGAUGACGAAGAUGAGCCAGAAAUCGAAGAAGAAGAAGAGGAAGGUGUUGAUGACGAGGGAGGACUGAACAGAAGAAGAAGAAGAAGAACCGAGCUGGUGGAGAAUCUGUUAGUGAAGAAAGUCCUCGAGCAAGAGCCCGAGAUGCUCCCAUGCCACGCAUCCGCUUCCCCGCUCUCUCCUCAGCUCUCUUCCCUCGGCACGCCUCGAAUCGGACCUUCGAUCAAAGUCUGGGACCCUUACAACGUCCUCGCUCCACAACCUCCCCCUCCUCCUCUCUUCUCCCGUAUCUCCUCCUCCUCCGCGGAGCACGCGGCUGUCACGGAGGUUUAUUUAAUCAGCCACGGAGAGUGCGAUCUCGACCUAAGGCCUGAUCUGAUCGGAGGGAGGUGCCACGUGGCCACUCUCACCCCCAACGGGAAGCGCCAGGCGAGGGCUCUCGCCGUGUUCUUGAACUCCGAAGGUGUUCGGUUCACCUCCGUCUUCUCUUCGCCUCUGGAUCGUGCUAGAUCCAUGGCUGUUUCCGUUUGUCAGGAAAUGAAUUUUCCUGAGGAGCAUGUACAGUCUUCAGACGCCAUUGUGGAGAUGAGUCUAGGAGACUGGGAAGGGUUCCAUAGAUCAGAGAUCUACACGCCUGAAACUCUGAGUUUGGUAGAGAGAUGCCAACCUGAUUUCUCACCUCCCUCAGGUGAAUCACUCAGACAAGUCGAGUUUCGGAUGGUUCAGUUUCUGAAUGGACUUACUGAGAAGCUCAGGUCUACACAUCACGUCAAUGCUCGUGGAGGGUUGUCGCAGAGUAAUCCUCACUCGCUGGCUACGUCUAUUCAUCGCCCAAGUUUGACGAGGAAGAAGUCUGGGAAGAGCAGGUUUCAGGUGAUGAACACGACGGGUGGUGAUCAGGAGGGUAGUGAAGAGAUUAUGUUUAGUCAUCAGAAUGAUGAACAACAUUUGGGUGAUAUAAACGCCAAGAGUUCCUCUUCUUCUCAAUUCUCGACCUGCAUUGGAGUUUUUACACAUUCGUUGCCUAUAAAGUGUCUUCUUACCGGUAUACUCGGAUGCAGUUCGGUAAUGACGCAUAGGAUCUGUGUGGAGGAUUCAUCUGUGACGGUGUUACAGCAUUCGUGGAAAACUGGGUGGCAGGUAAAGCGGUUAAAUGAUACCGCUCAUCUUAGACUGUUGUAGCAUCAUUGUCAUCAUCUUCGCCGGGUCUUUUUACUCUAAAAAGCUGGUAAAAAUUGAGUCUGAAGAAGAUCAACAAGGUUAUGCUACUGCCACGAGCCUCUUUGUGUUGUUUGUUUUGAGAAAGGAAAAAAAUUGCUAAAGGAUUAAAUCGUUAAUUUUUGUUGUCUUUAGCCUCUUUGUUUUGUUUGAUUCAUUUCAUUUGCAAGUUUACUAAAAGAAUCUUAUGUAAUUUUAUACUAUCAAACCAAAGGUAAAAAAAUCUUAUAUGGUGAAUGAUUAGCUCA